AAAAGACGGCAAACAGUGGAUGACCACAGGCAUCCACAUAGGAGACACGAGUAGUCAGGCGGGGAGAGCAGAGGCCGGAGAGACCAGAGCCCAGAGGCUGCUAAAAAGCAGCUUCUGAGUUCGGUUCCGUCCCUCCGGUUCUGGGAGAGAAACUUAAGUCAUGAAGCUUCUCGCUCUCCUGGUCCUCUGCUCCAGGCUCCUACCGAGUUUAACGCAGGGAGAAGGACCCCAGGAAGUCGACUGCGAUGAUGAGGACCUAUUUCAGGCUGUGGAUGCCGCGCUGAAGAAGUACAACGCUGAGAUACAAAGCGGCAACCAGUUUGUGUUGGACCGAGUGACCGAGGGCACCAAAAUGGGUGACUCUGAGACAUUUUAUUCCUUCAAGUACCAAAUCAAGGAGAGUAACUGUUCUGUUCAGAGUGGCCUUCCCUGGCAGGAUUGUGACUACAAGGACGCUGAGGAAGCCGCCACUGGAGAAUGCACAGCAACUGUGGGGAAGAGAAGAAAUAAAUUCUCCACAGCUACUCAGACCUGCAAGAUUACCCCAGGUAAGGGCCCCGUCGUGACAACUGAGUACACCUGUCUGGGUUGUGUGCACCCCAUAGCAACCGAUAACCCGGAUCUGGAGCCCAUUCUGAAACACGCCAUCCAGCAUUUCAACAACCGCACAAAUCACUCCCACCUCUUUGCUCUCAGAGAAGUAAAACAAGCCAAAAGACAGGUGGUGGCUGGACUGAAUUACGAAGUGACCUACUCAAUUGAGCAAACUAAUUGUUCAAAGAAGCAUUAUCUAUUCCUGAAUCAAGACUGCAAAUCCUUUCCCGGUGGCGAUGUCGGUGAGUGUAGAGAUAGUGCCUAUGUGGAUAUUAAUCAAAAAAUUGCUGAAUUCUCCCAGAGCUGUAACCUUUAUCCAGGAGAGGAUUUGGUGCAACCACUUCCUAAGCAUUGCCCUGGCUGCCCCAAGAACAUACCUGUAGACAGCCCGGAACUGACAGAGGCACUUAAUCAUUCCAUCACAAAGCUUAAUGCAGAGAGUAAUCAUACUUUCUUUUUCAAGAUUGGCACCGUGAUAAAAGCGACUUCACAGGUUGUGGGUGGAGUAAAGUAUUUUAUUGAGUUCACAGCCAGAGAAACCAUGUGUUCCAAGGAAAAUGACACAGAAUUGACAGCAAGUUGUGAGACCAAUCACUUUGGCCAAAUUCUCAACUGCCAUGCUAACGUGUACAUGAGACCUUGGGAGAACAAAGUCCACCCGACUGUCACCUGCCGAGCAUUAGAAAUGACUGGGAUGAUGAGACGGCCUCCCGGCUUUUCACCUUUCCGGUCAUUCCUCCAACAUGAAAUAAAAGGAGGAACAAGUGUAAGUUCACCCUUCAUUGCCAGGCCGCAAGAAGAGCAGGAUCCAGAAAAUGAUCGAGGACCCACUCAUGGGAGUGGCUCAUUGCAUGAAAAGCAAACAAAACAUAAGAUUGACCAUGGCCAUAAGCACGGCCAUGACCAAGGCCAUCGGUUCCGAGAGAGCCAUGGCCUUGGCCAUGGACACCAGAAACAGCAUAAGCACCAUCACGGUCACGGCCAUGGCCAUGGCAAAGGCAAGCACAAAAAUAAAGACAAAAGCAACGGAAAGCACACUGACCACAGAACAGAGCCGUUGACAAGCUCUUCUGAAGACACUACAACAUCUUCUACACAGACACAGGGGGGAACAGAAGGGCCCACCCUUAACCCUCCGCUAGCCCAGCCAAGUACAGCGGUUAGCCCUUCUGGCAUUCAGGACUCAGAUUUAACUGGUGUGAUGGCUACCACAUCGCCAUAUGCCAUAGACAUCCUUGACGAUUUAAUCCCCGAUAUCCACGUACAACCAGAUAGCCUUUCAUUUAAGCUGAUAUCUGAUUUUCCGGAAGCAACUCCCCACAAAUGUCCCGGACGCCCAUGGAAGCCAGUUAGUAGAAAGGAUCCGACCACAGAAACGACAGGCUUUUCUGAUUUUGACCUCCUUGAUGCUCUUUCUUAACUUAUACAGCCUGGGUAUCUUUACACACGCUUUCCCAGCCUCUUUCCCCAGUGCCCAAGCAUAAAUAUUUUGAUAUAAGUCGGCAAAGCGUGAGGCUCAGAACAGCCUAGAAACAUUAACCCUCUUAGUGGGACUUCAUAAAUCUGUGGACGAAUAAAAACUACCAGAACACUGCAUCCUUUCUGAGCCUGCCUCACACACUUUCUAAGCCCAUACAAGAAGAUGCCUGACAGAACUCACUGCUCUGAUAACCA